AUGUCGGGUUUCUCAUUCGGAUCUUCAUCUUCCACUCAAUCUUCAUCCUCAUCCCCAUUUUCAUUCGGGUCAUCCCCCUCAUUCGGAUCCUCUUCCCCUUUCUCCACCACCACAAACCCUACCUCCGCCGCUUCUUCUUCUCCUUCCCCUCUUUCUUUCGCAUUCGCAUCCUCUUCCUCUUCCGCCUCCACUGGCUCUGCCUUCAACUUUGGAUCCUCUUCGUUCACUGCACCUUCUUCUCUAUUCGGCUCAUCAUCGGCUUCUUCCGCGCCGGCUUCCUCAGCUCCUUCCAUUUUCGGUUCUGCUACCACAGGAUCGUCACUGUUUUCAUCAUCCUCAUCUUCUACGACGCCGUUUGGUGGAGCUUCCCCAGCUGCAACGAAUCUUUUUGGAGGAGCAUCAUCGGUUUCAGCAACUGCUUCCACACCGCUGUUUGGAGGAGCUUCUACGGCUUCAACUACUCUGUUUGGUGCACCGUCCUCGGCUUCUUCGACACCGUUCGGAGCACCGUCCUCGGCUUCUUCGACACCGUUCGGAGCACCGUCCUCAGCUUCUUCGACGCCAUUUGGAGCACCGUCAUCUGCUUCUACGACGCCAUUUGGAGCAUCGUCGUCGGCUUCCUCGAUAUCUUCAAGUCUGUUUGGAGCACCGUCGUCGGCUAGCUCGACAUCUUCAAGUCUGUUUGGAGCACCGUCGUCGGCUUCCUCGACAUCUUCAAGUCUGUUUGGAGCACCGUCUUCGGCUUCUUUGACUUCUUCAAGUCUGUUUGGAGCACCGUCCUCGGCUUCUUCGACUUCUUCAACGCUGUUUGGGGCACCGUCCUCGGCUUCUUCGACUUCUUCAACGCUGUUUGGGGCACCGUCCUCGGCUUCUUCGACUUCUUCAACACAGUUUGGGGCACCGUCAUUAGCUUCUUCGGCUUCGACUCCGUUUGGAUUUACAUUGUCAUCGGCUUCAAUCACACCGUUUGGAGGAACUUCAUCUGCUUCAUCGACAUCAACUCUGUUUGGUGGAACAGGUUCGGGAACAACUACGCCGUUUGGGGGAUCUUCUACUGCUGCUGCACAAUCGUUUGGAGCCUUUGCUGGUUCGUCAGUUACUUCUUCAGCUACAACUACAACAACUCCGUUUUCUAAUGCGUUCUCUACAAAUGCUUCUUCAGCUUCAACCACCACUACCUCUUUUUCAGCAUUUUCAAAACCCUCUGCUCCAGCAAGUACCACAACUUCGGCUAGCCCAUCGGGAUUCACCUUAGGAAAUACAACUUCCUCUGCUUCUCAACCCUCAUUUGGGUUCGGUAAUGCACCUUCCUCUACAGCUUCUUCAUCUGCCUCCACGGUUUCCGGUACACAGGUGGCUUCCAAGCCGGCGGGUUCUUUCUCGUUCACAACAUCUUCAGCACCACUGUUUUCGACGGUGACUACGACUACAGCCUCGACAACCACGACUGGGGCUGCAGUUGUUUCGGCUUCUGUGCCAGCCUUUGGUGCCACUGCUGCAUCUUCUGCUUCAGCGAGCGGCGGCUUUUCAUUGACAGCUACUCCGGUGGCAUCUACAGGUGCUGGCUCAUCGUCAGCCAGUGGAGGAUCAUCUUUUGCAGGUUUUGGUGUAGGAAGCACUGCAUCUACUGCAUCAACUGUUUCUUUUGGGACCGGGUUUUCAUUUGCUAACAAGGCUUCAACUCCUGCCGUUUCGGCAGCUACUGCUCCUGCAUUUGGGGUGAGCACUUCAACUUCUACUGCUCCAGCAAUUUCUAGUUCAAGCACCAGUGCAACCCAGUUGUCAUCCGCUGUUGUAGUGGCUUCCAGUAGUGGAACUACUUCAACUGUCAGCACAUCAGUAGGUGGUACACCAAAAUUGCCAUCUGAAAUCACAGGGAAGACUGUGGAGGAGAUUAUCAAGGAGUGGAAUUCCGAGUUGCAAGAGAGAACUGGAAAAUUUCGAAAACAAGCUAAUGCAAUAGCUGAAUGGGACCGCAGGAUUUUACAAAAUCGUGAUGUUCUGUUGAGGCUUGAGAUUGAAGUGGCAAAAGUAGUUGAAACACAAUCAAAUUUGGAGCGGCAAUUGGAGUUGAUAGAGACUCAUCAACAUGAGGUUGAUAAGGCCUUACAGAGCGUGGAAGAAGAGGCUGAACGUAUUUACAAGGAUGAGCGUGGGUUACUUCUUGAUGAUGAAGCUGCUUCCACAAGAGAUGCAAUGUAUGAGCAGUCGGAACUGAUUGAAAGGGAAUUAGAGCAAAUGACAGAGCAGAUCAAGUCAAUUAUUCAUUCCCUUAACUCAAACCAGGGUGGAGAGGUUGAAGCCCCAGAUGGAAUGACUCCACUAGAUGCUGUAGUUCGAAUUUUAAAUAAUCAACUAACUUCUCUGAUGUGGAUUGAUGAAAAGGCUGAAGAAUUUUCUUCCCGCAUUCAGAAGCUAGCUAACCAAGGCUCUGCUUCAGAUUGUGAACUGGUGGGACCUGGGAGCUGGAUGUUUUGA